AUGGAAGUGGAGAAGUUGUUGAAUGUUUGGAACAAGUCUCGAAGUGAUUAUCCACCAAUGCCGAUGCCUGUGGGAAGUCAUGAAUACUGUUUCGGUAAUCGGUUGUUGUACGAAGAAUUUACGUACGACAAAGAAGCUUUAAAGCUAGAACAUGAAUCACUGUUUUCUAAACUAACUGAUGAACAAUUACUCAUAUACAACAAAGUGAUGGUGGAUGUUGAAUCUAAUAAACGUGGUUUGUUCUUUGUUUAUGGAUAUGGUGGAACUGGCAAGACAUUUUUAUGGAGGACACUGGCGGCUGCUUUAAGGUCAAAGGGAGAAGUUGUUUUGAAUGUAGCAUCAAGCGGUAUAGCCUCACUACUUUUACCGGGUAGAAGGACUGCACACUCAAGGUUUUCUAUCCGCAUUGCAGUGAAUGAAGACUCAACUUGCAACAUUAGCCAAGGUAGUCCACUUGCUGAAUUGAUUAUAAAAGCUAAGUUAAUCAUAUGGGAUGAAGCUCCAAUGACGCACAAACAUUGUUUUGAAGCAUCAGAUCGAACAAUGAGAGACAUAUUUCGUUUCACCAAUCCAAAAAGCUUAGAAAUGUCUUUUGGUGGAAAAACAGUUGUACUUGGAGGUGAUUUUAGACAAAUACUACUAGUUAUACCAAAAGGUAGCAGACAAGAUAUAGUACAUGUAAGUAUAAACUCAUCAUACUUGUGGAGUAAUUGUGAAGUACUACGCUUAACAAAGAAUUUGAGGUUGCGUGGUAUUUCAAGUGCAGAAGAAGUUGAAAAGUUAAAUAGUUUUGCAAAAUGGAUUGCUGAUCUAGGAGAUGGAAAUUUAAGAGAAGAGAAGAAUGGUAUCUUCAAUAUAAGGAUUCCAGAUAAUUUUGUUAUAAGAAAUGAAGUUCACCCUAUAGCAGAAAUUGUCCAAAGCACAUUUCCUUCGUACGGUCAGGGUCAACUAGAUCAUAAACAUUUAGAGUCUCGAGCUAUAUUAGCUCCAACAUUAGAUGUUGUGGACAAGGUGAAUGAAUACAUGAACAGUAUGAAUGAGGCAACUUCCAAGACAUAUUUUAGUUGUGAUUCGGUUUGCAAAUUAGAUACAAAUGCUGAUAUGUUAUCAGAGGUUCACACUACAAAGUUCCUGUUGGUCCCGAAAGGGUGGUAA